AUGUUGUUCAUAUCGCUCGGCCACAUACAAGGCUCGUCUUCGAGCCGUCUGCAACGCUUGAAACAAUGCAGUAGCUGUGAUCCGAUGGUCGCUAGGGUCGUGGCGUGCCAGAGUAGCAGGUGUGGCGGAGGUUUCGCAGAGGUGCAACGUUCAGUAGCGAAGAGGGUCAAUCGUCUUCAGAGGCUGAAAUACAAAUGUACCAGACAAGUGAUGAAUCAACAUUUCCACAUCGAUGCAGUAAUUCAGAGCCAGUCGAGGCGGGCGCCCUGGCCACGAGACUUGAGGCCAAACCGGCGCUCCACCAAAACAACUGCAAUGAGGGUCCAUACUGGAAAUUGCAAGAGAGUGACCCUUUCAGCCUUAUUCAAAGCCCAUUCCGCGCUUCCAUCCCUUCAAGACGCCAUGUUGUUGCAUGCCCAGAUGUCUUCCUCUUCGUCCGCCUUUCGUGCUCGAUUCAGGUAUUCUGGAUAAAUCUUUUUGGAAUGUUUG